UCUUGAGUCAUCUUCAUCGAUAAAAGCCAGACAAAUUUCACCCAAAUUUUUGGAGAGAAACCCUCAAUUAGUUUUUAUUGAGGUUUCUGAAUUCUGAAACUCCUUCGCCACUAGUUCUUUCUCCAGAUCCUUCAGCCUUCCUUGUCGAGAAUUUUAAUCUCUUACUCAGUUCUUAAAGCAUCCAUCAGUCGAGGUUUCAUCAACUGAGGUGAGGAUUGUGCUUCAAGAAGAUGGCGACUGGAACAGUUCCUGCUUCUUUUUCUGGAUUCAAAACCACAGAUAAUGGUUUGAGCUUUACAAAAAGUGUGAACUUCAUGAAGGUUUCUGACUUGAGGAGACCGAAAUAUCUGAGGACGAAGGUAUUGGUGAUCAGAAAUUCAAACCUUGGCCCGGAAAUUGCUGAAAUGCAACCUGCUUCAGAAGGAAGCCCCCUCUUAGUUCCCAGGCAAAAGUAUUGUGAAUCUGUAGACAAGACUGUCAGGAGGAAAACUCGCACAGUUAUGGUUGGAAAUGUUGCUCUUGGUAGUGAACACCCUAUAAGGAUUCAGACAAUGACAACUACUGAUACAAAGGAUGUUGCUGCAACAGUUGAACAGGUGAUGAGAAUAGCUGACAAGGGAGCAGAUAUUGUUCGGAUAACAGUUCAAGGGAGGAAAGAAGCAGAUGCUUGUUUUGAUAUAAAGAAUACUCUUGUUCAAAAGAACUACAAUAUUCCUCUGGUAGCAGAUAUUCAUUUUGCACCUGCUGUUGCAUUGAGAGUUGCUGAGUGUUUUGACAAGAUCCGUGUCAACCCAGGGAAUUUUGCUGAUAGGCGAGCCCAGUUUGAGAAGCUAGAGUACACAGAAGAGGACUACCAAAAGGAGCUUGAGCAUAUUGAGAAGGUCUUCACUCCAUUAGUUGAGAAGUGUAAGAAAUAUGGAAGGGCAAUGCGAAUUGGAACAAAUCAUGGAAGCCUUUCUGAUCGUAUCAUGAGCUACUAUGGUGAUUCUCCCAGGGGAAUGGUUGAAUCUGCAUUUGAAUUUGCAAGGAUUUGUCGGAAGUUGGACUAUCAUAAUUUUGUAUUCUCUAUGAAAGCAAGUAACCCGGUGAUCAUGGUCCAAGCAUACCGCCUACUUGUAGCAGAAAUGUAUAUCCAAGGGUGGGAUUAUCCUCUUCACUUGGGAGUUACAGAAGCUGGUGAAGGUGAAGAUGGACGGAUGAAAUCUGCCAUUGGCAUUGGGACACUUCUUCAGGACGGUUUGGGUGAUACAAUCAGGGUUUCCCUCACAGAACCACCAGAGGAAGAGAUAGAUCCUUGCAGAAGAUUGGCAAACCUUGGUAUGAAAGCAUCAGAUCUUCAGCUAGGGGUGGCACCAUUUGAAGAGAAACAUAGACACUAUUUUGAUUUCCAGCGUCGAACUGGUCAACUUCCUGUUCAGAAGGAGGGUGAAGAGGUGGACUACAGAGGGGUGCUUCAUCGUGAUGGAUCUGUUCUCAUAUCUGUAUCCCUGGAUCAGUUGAAGUCACCUGAAAUCUUAUACAAAUCACUUGCAACAAAGCUCGUGGUUGGCAUGCCAUUCAAGGAUCUGGCAACAGUGGAUUCAAUUCUUUUGAGAGAGCUUCCGCCAGUGGAAGAUAGCAAAGCUCGCCUAGCUCUCAAGAGGUUGAUCGAUAUAAGUAUGGGGGUUUUGACUCCUCUUUCAGAGCAGCUAACGAAGCCAUUGCCAAAUGCCGUGGUCCUUGUAAAUCUCAAGGAACUGGCAACCGGUGCUUACAAGCUUUUGCCAGAAGGCACACGAUUAGCUGUAUCUGUUCGUGGGGAUGAACCCUAUGGUGAUUUGGAUAUCCUAAAAGAAAUUGAUGCUACAAUGCUCCUACAUAACAUAUCAUAUGAUGAAGAUAAACUCAGUAGGGUACAUGCUGCUAGGAGGUUAUUUGAGUAUUUAGAGGACAAUGCUCUGAACCUCCCUGUGAUUCACCACCUAGAGUUUCCCCAAGGAAUUCACAGGGAUGACCUAGUCAUUGGUGCUGGCAGCGCCGCAGGAGCUCUUCUGGUCGAUGGACUUGGGGAUGGAAUUUUAUUAGAAGCCCGAGACCAGGAUGUGGAUUUUCUAAGGAAUACAUCCUUCAAUUUAUUGCAAGGUUGUAGAAUGAGGAAUACAAAGACGGAGUAUGUCUCAUGCCCAUCCUGUGGGAGGACAUUGUUUGACCUUCAAGAAAUAAGCGCUGAAAUAAGAGAAAAGACGUUACACUUGCCUGGUGUUUCGAUUGCAAUCAUGGGAUGCAUUGUCAACGGGCCUGGAGAAAUGGCUGAUGCAGAUUUCGGGUAUGUAGGUGGUGCUCCUGGAAAGAUCGAUCUUUAUGUUGGGAAGACGGUGGUGAAGCGAGGAAUUGAUAUGGACUAUGCAACUGAUGCCUUGAUCCAGCUGAUAAAAGAUCAUGGCCGUUGGGUGGAGCCACCAACAGAAGAGUAAGGUCUUGCAUUGGCAGUUGAUAUGGCGUGAAGGAGUUUUGAGGAAGCUCUCCUCUUCUUGUAACAAAGUAUACGGGCCAACCCGAUAUAUCAUAGUUGAACAGCAAGGAAAUACCAAACAGAAGAUUUUUCUGUGGGAGCUGUGUCCUACAUGUUUAACAAUGUGUGCUCCCAUUAAUAAAACAGAGGAAUUAUAAUUUCUUUUUUCCUU